AUGACGGACUUCCAGACGGCCUCCGGCUCCCUGGAGGAAAUAAAAAACAUAUGCACCGAGCUGCUGAACGCAAAGGAAGAAAACGUAUUCAACAAGCUCAGCCUCUACCACGAGUUGGAGGAAAAGUUGAAAAAGCUACAGCCAAUAAUAACUCGCAUCCGUAUUCGAAGGAACGAAAAGGACGAAUCUAAGAGGACCUAUGGAGAAAAAAUGAUUAAAAAUGUGGACACCCUCCUGGAGAGGUAUGAUCUGCUUUAUAACAUUUACGAAGAGGAACUAACCAUUUUUAAAGAGAAUUAUGAAAUUGAAAAAAAAAAAAUAGUGGCAAAAAAGUUGUUACAAGAGCAACAACAGAAGGAGCUUGAAGCGCAGAUAAUCAACAGGGGGCGAGAAGAAACAAAAAUGGAACACUUGAGGAUUCAAAAGAUGAAUGAAGAAAAAAUGAAGAUUCUACAAAACACACAAGAGGAUCAUGCACAAAGGAUGAAGAGAGUGGAAACUAUAAAGAUGAUUAUUCAGGAGAAGUGUAGCUUCCUCUGUGAUGAGAUUGCUGCGGCUUGUGACCGUGGCGCCGCCGUGGAGUAUGUGCAUGCUCAGCUGGGGGUGCCUUCGGGAGGUACGCAGAGACUUGACGAGGAGGGUCCAGGUGCGGUCCACCUGGCCCACAACGCCGUGCACCUGGUCGACUGCCUUUACCUCGUGUACAAGCAAAACGAAUUCAAGCCAUUCAAGGAGGCACUUCAAAACAUCAUCGAGUACCUAACCCACUUGGUAAAAAAUGUGGACAAUGAAGAAAUGAAGCUGAUCAAUCUCAUGAAUCAGCAGUUUCAAAAAAAUAUUCUCUCCAAGAGGGGCACGCUUCUCCUGUUCGUUUUAAUUGGGUACGUGGUGAAAAAGGCGGGGGACGUGGUGCAUGUGCUUAAGAAGCUUAACAGGCCAGUGGACGAGAAAAAUAUUUAUAUGUACUUGGAGGAGCCAGAUAUUGCUACGGACUAUGAGGGGUGGAAGUGCUGGUACGAUGGUCUGCAGACUGCGCUCGAUGUGCUUUGCUCCUUCUUCCGCUGCGUGAACAAGUACUCCGAUGCCCCUACGGACGAGCAGGUGCGCUCGGCGUUUUUGUACUUGCGGGGCAAGUUUGGCGAGGUUAGCGGAAACAAGUCGGGUGACGCAACGAGCGGGGCGACAUAA